UAAUUUAAAAAAAUUAUAUUCUACGAAAAUGCAGUUACCUAUGGUUAUUGUGCUUUUUGGCUUACUGUUGGAUUUAGUGGAAUUUAAUGAAACCUACAAAAUUAAGCCAUACAGAUAUUACAAUUCCCAUCCAUGGCGACGCCCACGAUGGCAUCCACUUCCAAAGCACCGAAAACGUUAUCAUCCGAAAAGAAUACCAUCACACAAGUAUCAUCAUUAUGAAUCAGUAGAACCAGAAUAUCAUAGAUAUGCACCGUAUCAUGAAGAUUCGGAGGAUACAUCUGAUCACGAUAAACCUUAUAUUAUAGUCAUACAAUUUCCACAUAAAAAUGGAAAAAAGAAAUAUCAUUCCUCUCAACGAAAACAUGUUACAGAUCCUCCACGAGAUAAUAAUGAUUACAUUGACGAUGACGAUGAAAAUGCAUCACCUGAAUAAUUAAGAAAUUUAAAUAAAAAUCAACUGCUUGUCGCUUUUUACAAGAUUUGACGUAGUAUAAUAAUAAACUCUUGAACUAACAAUAUAAUUGAUAAAGUUGAGCUUUAAUUUUGAUAUGUUUUGUAAAUAUAAAGAUAUUU